CAUCAGCGUCUUUAAGGAAGUGAUGAGAACGGACCAGCGACCGCACAGCUCCCAGUGCUGAUUGCAUUUGGAUCUUAAGAUUUGCCCAUUUAAUAACUAGACGGGUUAUUCUUCGCUUGGAAAUAUUAUCAGACGUCCAGUGUUUGUUAAAGGCCCUCUUGGAAAAACAACAAUAAAAAUACUUGACAGAAAACAAAGAUCAGAGGCAACCAUGGAAUAUUCUGUCUGCUAUGAACAAUGGAGAAGGUAUGUUUUGACAAUUUUUGUCUACCUUGCUGCAGUUAGAUCCGCUUUAGCAGUAACACACUACUCUGUUCCGGAAGAACUUGAAGAAGGCUCCGUAGUCGCCAAUCUCGCAGGAGAUUUGGGAUUAGAUGUAAAGACAUUAAUCGAUCGAAAAAUGCGUCUGGACACCAUAGCAAGCCGGAAAUAUUUGGACGUGAACAAAGAAACGGGGGAGCUGUUCAUUGUAGAAAGAAUUGAUAGAGAAUCCCUCUGCCACGCCAAGACAUCGUGCUAUCUGAAAAUGGAGGCCAUAAUCGAAAAUCCAAAACGGAUUUUUUAUAUUGAGUUGGAGAUCAUGGACAUAAAUGAUAACGCGCCUCAUUUCAGAAGAGACACGAUAGAUUUAGAUAUAUCAGAGGCAACACAAGCUGGCGAGCGAUUUUCUGUGAGCAACGCAGUUGAUCCAGAUGUAGGUUCUAAUGCUGUCAAAACAUAUUACCUGAGCGAAAGUGAUUAUUUUACAAUAGAAAUUCAGACUGGGAGAGAUGGAUCGAAAUUUGCUGACUUGAUUUUAACAAAAAGGUUAGAUCGAGAACAACAAGCCGUUCAUCAUUUAAUAAUCACAGCUGUAGAUGGCGGCUUUCCCUCUCGUUCUGGCACAGCCAGCAUAAUAGUUCAUGUUUUAGAUACAAAUGACAACGCCCCUACAUUUAAACCAGAAAGCUAUGAAGUCAAGGUAUUAGAAAACUCUCCAUUUGGAAGUCGGGUAAUUCAGCUUAAUGCGUCGGAUUUAGACGAGGGUUCAAAUUCAGAAUUAAUUUACUCAUAUAGUUUAUACACAUCCGAGAAAACGCAGGAAACAUAUAAAUUGAACCCAGCAACAGGUGAAAUCACUGUGAAGGGGGUGUUAAAUUAUGAGGAUUUCAGGAUUUACGAAAUGGAAGUUAUUGCAACUGAUAAAGGAGCUAGUGCACUAUCAGGACAAUGUAAAAUUAAAAUUCUUGUGGAGGACAUGAAUGACAACCACCCACAUAUUUCUAUUAAAUCAUUUCAGAGUCCAGUCAGUGAGGACAUAGCGUUAAACACAGUGAUAGCUGUAGUUAGUGUCAGUGAUAAAGACUCAGGUGAUAAUGGAGUGGUUGAUCUUCAUAUUCCAGACAACAUGCCUUUCAAACUGAGGGAGUCCUCUGAUAACUAUUAUGAGUUAGUGGUGUCAGAGCCACUAGACCGAGAGAAGGUCCCAGAAUAUGAAAUCACUUUCACUGUCACAGACAGAGGGUCUCCUCCUUUAUCUGAUAAUGAAACUAUGACUUUGGAGCUGCUGGAUGUUAAUGAUAAUGUUCCACAGUUCCCCCAGUUAUUUAAUACUUUACGUGUUAUGGAGAAUAACGCACCUGGAGCCUUGCUCAGCUCGCUCACUGCAUUUGACCCUGACCUCCAUGAAAACCAGUAUCUAGUUUAUUUCAUCAUAGAGAGGGAGAUUGCCAACACCUCCAUGUCCAUGCUGUUCUCCAUCAAUCCAGAGAACGGGAACCUUUACGCACUGAAAACCUUUGACUAUGAGAUUGAGAAGGAGUUUCUUUUCCACAUUGAGGCCAGAGACUCUGGUUCUCCUCCUCUCAGCAGUAACGUGACCGUUCACAUCAUCAUUGUGGACCAAAAUGACAACGCUCCAGUUAUUGUCUCUCCAUGGCGCGCUCAUGGCUCAGUGGUGGAGGAGAAGAUCCCCAGAUCCACUGAUAAAGGCUCCCUGGUGGCUAAAGUGAUCGCCUUAGACACAGACUCUGUGCACAACUCUCGGAUUACCUACCAGUUUCUGCAGGUGACUGAUGCUUCCUUGUUCAGCCUGGACCAAUACAACGGAGAGAUCCGGACUAUGAGGAUGUUCAGUUACAAAGACUCACGCCACCACAGACUGGUUGUUGUUGCCAAGGACAACGGGGAGCCUGCUCUCUCUGCUACAGUCACCAUCAAGCUGCUGACAGUGGAGACUGAUGUUAAGGCCUACUCUGACAUGACUGAGAUGCCUCUGGAAUAUGACAUCUUUUCAGACAUAAACCUAUAUCUGGUCAUCGGUCUGGGCUCGGUGUCAUUUCUCCUGCUCAUCACCAUACUGGUCACCAUCGUGCUGAAGUGUCAGAAACCCAAACCCAGCAAAGCUGCUCCUCCCAGCAGGAACAGCGUGAUCAGUGAGAGGAACUCCACCAUUGCAGACUCCACUCUGGUCUCCAACGAUGCCUACUGGUACAGUCUGUUUCUAGCAGAGACCAGGAAAGGAAAGCUGGUGGUUAGACAACCUGUGCCAAAGGGCUCCAGAUACAUCGUGUCCAGCAUCCCGAGAGGGACAGGACUGUCAGAGACUAGUGACUCAGCAGCUUCUACUCUGCAGGUAGGAUAUAUGUGAAAGUAAAAUCUAAGUGUUUUCAAUAACUUAAAAGUUUUACUUCUAAUUUCAAAGAUAAUGUUUUGACUUUCUAGAUAAAACAUGUUAGGCACCAAAAUAAAAGAUCCAAAAGAGAAAGAUCUGAUUUAAAAAAAAAUCAAAACAUGAAUCCCAAGUUCAACACACGUUUCACCUCAUUUAAUUCCAUG